GUUUCAUCAAAGAGGGAGCAGGCAGUGUUUCCUUUCCUAGUCUACUCUCAGCUCUGAUCCAUUGACAAUUGAUGGCCUAUUCAAGUCGUGUUCUUCACGCCACCGCAUUCUCUUCUUCCCAUUUUCUCUUCCAACACCAACCUCGAUCUUCUUCUUCUCUCUCUCCAAAACUCAAAUCCCCAAUUCUCAAACCCUGUCUUCUUCGCCGCAACAUGCAGGCUUCACGUGCCGCCGCCAGCAGCUUCCAAGACGCUGUUGGAGGAGCCAUGGCGCUGCUUCAGGCGACCCCCGCCACGUGGCAAUCCUCUGUGCUGAGCAACCUCUUCAUCUUCCUCGUGGGUUCUCCCCUUCUGGUCACCGGCCUGUCCCUCUCCGGCAUCGCCGCCGCUUUUCUGCUCGGAACACUCACUUGGCGUGCUUUUGGCCCUUCUGGCUUCUUCCUUGUCGCCACCUAUUUCGUCAUUGGAACAGCGGUCACGAAGGUCAAAAUGGCACAGAAAAUGGCCCAGGGGAUUGCAGAGAAAAGAAAAGGAAGAAGGGGUCCGGGCAGUGUUAUUGGAUCCAGUGCUGCUGGUUGCGUUUUUGCUUUCCUAUCAAUUUAUGGAGUUGGGGGUGAGGCUUACUUUAGGCUUUGGAGACUUGGGUUUGUUGCCAGUUUCUGUACCAAGUUGAGUGACACAGUCUCAAGUGAAAUAGGGAAGGCAUAUGGAAAAACAACGUACUUAGUGACAACAUUCAAGGUAGUUCCAAGAGGCACAGAAGGAGCGGUUAGCGUUGAAGGAACCUUGUCUGGAGUUUUAGCAUCCAUAGUUCUUGCCUCUGUCAGUUGUCUCAUCGGUCAGGUUGGUUUACAUGAAGCAAUUAUAUGUGUACUAGCUUCCCAGAUUGCUAAUCUUGGUGAGAGCAUAAUUGGCGCUGCUCUUCAAGAGAAGGAAGGGUUUCAAUGGCUUAACAAUGAUGCAGUCAAUAUCAUCAACGUAUCCAUGGGCAGUAUCACCGCAGUCUUAUUGCAGCAAGCACUCCGGAGCUUGCAUCCCUAAAUUUGCAGCAUAAAUGGAAGCAGUGUUGAUAAAAUUAUUCAUUCGUUAAGUUUCAGCUCUUCACAAUUCUUGCAUGAAGCAAUCUAAUCCUAGCAUGAGAUUCGUAUGCAAGUUUAAUAUGGAUAACACUAACAGCCCUUCUUUCUAAUUAUUGCCCAAGCAUGCAUGUUUGUUGUUACAAAGUUAAUAGCUGAGGGUAAUCGAAGCCACAUGAGUCUAAUAACCUGUAACCAUGAUUCAAGUCUCAUGUGCACCAAGCCUAGGUUCUUUCAAAUUGUGGAUGUGAAUUCUUGUAAAGUCACUCCACUUGAUAUUUUUUAUGGAAUAUAAAUUUUAUCAAAUCUAACUAUUGAAUUAUGUGACA